CUUCGAAAAACAUGGUAUUGCAGCCCCUAUAUCCUGCGGUGGUUGUACAGCAUGAUAGACUGAUCAAUAGUAGCGCAUGGGGCGGCCAUUUUCGACCCGACGGCACUUCACAUAGUCAUAUAAUGGACCACCCCAUGAGGUUGCCGUCAACUCAAGUAUUCUCAUAGUGGUCACUAACUACAACCUAAUCAACAAUUGUGUAAUACACCUGCAGUGGAGCGUCGGCCGUCAACUGAAGGACAACUUUUUGCGAAUGCUGGAUAGCGGAGUACCUUCCUACACUCAUGCGAGAUGAUAAGAAUCGACAAGCUGAUGCGCCCCUCAGUAACCUCAAUGGGAAGGGUGCCUUUGGCCGGCUGGCCGAUGUGCUCCGGAAGAUCUAACCUGGCAUUACCGUCAUCCAAACAAUGCGCUGCACGAGGAAAGCCAAAAAUUAAACGCAGUAGACCGUACCAGAAAACAGGUUCCCCGUACACCUUGGAAUCUAAGCAAGUUUAGAAAGGAAAUUUCGCCUUUUUGCAUUUUUCGGAUAUUAAAGUAUGAUAUAUCUCCUCCUCAGCGUUGGUCGUCUUGCCGUGGCGAGGGGGCUUAAAUGGUGUUAUGGUAUAAUUCACAGCGUGAAUUGUAUCAUGCCUCCAUGAACUAAGAGGGAAGCCCGGUAUUGCAACCUUCGGCAAUAUUCCUUACAAUCCAAGCUGGAGUGUUUUUGUAUUGCUGAAGGCGAAAAUGUCAGGAUUACCGUACCAACACUACCCAAGCCAAGGUGUAUAGGCAACCGUGCCGAUGGUUGAAUGGCCAGCGGGUAGUAAAACAAUGGCUGGUCGUGAACGGUCCCCUCCGAUGCCCGGGCAAGGUCGGUUGUAAGAAGUGCCUUCUCCUCGCAUCCCGGCUCUGCGGACGAGCGACUAAACCCUUCCGGCCUACUCGUGGGAUCACAUAUGGAUAAAGAACAAAAAGAACAGCAACAACAAAACCAACAACAGCAACAACGUCAACAGCGUACAAGCGGACUGCAAGGCGAAGACGUUACGCUGUCAGAGAGAGAGAGAGAGGAUCAGCUCCUCAAAUCCCCGCAGACAGGUAAGAUGGUUGCAAGUACUCCUGGUGGCGCCAGGCAUAGUACCCCAGUUGUACGAGCACCAGAAACCAGCAGGGUGGCCGAUGCCAGACAAAGUAUCACCACUCUGCAAAUAGUCAAAGAUAGCACCGGAAGUGCCUGCCGUAGUACUCCGGAUGACCAACCAACAAGUAGCAAAUUGGCGACCGUUGCAGGCAGCAAUCCCGCCACUAAGAAGAGGAAACCCUCGGGCGGAGUCAUGCAACAUAAGUACCAGAAGGCGCUGUAUAUGUUAGAAAAAAUCGGUGAAAAUGUAGCGGCCGGUACGGUACAUGAGCGCGACGAGAAAGACAAGGCAAGGUAUAUGCAAAUAGUGGAAGCGUACGAAAAGAUGCAGACAGAUCGUGCAGCCACCGAAGCAAAAAAACGGAACCCUUCUCAUAAUGAGGGCGCCCAUAGGGCCCUUACAAAGAAGGCCAAGCGAUCAGGUGAUUCGGAGUCCGCAACACCCUUGAAGCAACGUAAUUUUAGUUACGUCGCCAGAGAUCACCUACAGUCGGCGAUAAUAGACGAAAAUAGCAGGACACCGAUAGCAGUCCAGCAGAAAUGGGUGGAGAUUGAAGUGAAGCUGUCGAGCCUCGUAAUGAACUACGUACUCGACAACCCCGAGGGUCCUCACCCAGAGUUCGACUCAUCGGAAUCCCUACGGGGAUACCGGGUAGUCAAGUGCGCGGACCAGUUCUCCCUGGACUUCCUUGCUGGAUGCGUCGCUAAGAUCAGCGACACUUUUGUCGGCAUGAAGCUCAAGCUGAUACCAGCUAAAGAUAUUCCAAGGAGACCACGUGGGUGCAUUUGGCUACCACCGAUGGACGAACCAGGCGAAAUGUUGCUGCGGUGUAUUAAGCUGCAGAACAAAGACAUACCUGCGGUUGAGAAAUGGGAGCUUAUAAAGGUUGAAGAGCCAAGAAGGCCUUCAAAUAAGCCCAUGAUGCUAGCCAUUUGUGCGGAAUCUUUAGACGCCUUAGAAAAUGCAGACUACCGGCUUCGCUUUGGUAUCCGUAAGGCCCUAAUGCGGGUUUAUGGAGCUGGUGAGCUUCCCAUGAGUGUGAAGCUGACGGAUGACCCUAAACCGGAGAGUUAAACUAGCCCAAAUAAAGCUGCAGCACUCACAAUGCGCCAUAGAUAAUCUAGUUGUUUUCCUCAGUGAGGAGGAUAUAGACAUUAGCCUAAUACAAGAGUCUUGGGUCAAGCAAGAGGCAGUCAUGGGACGAAAUAUAAAGAGCUACCGAGUCUACUAUAAGAACAAGCACAGCAGACACAACACUUGUUACGUUGGAGACCGCCAUUAUAGGGACAGGCCGCCAACCAAAAUCAAGGAUAUAAUAGGCAAAAACCCCAGACAAAUCAUUGUUGUCCAGACUGGCGUAGUACUACAGAGAACGAUCGAGAUACCCUGACAGCAAUGAUUACCGAUCGCAACAAAUUCAAUUUUGUUACGAUAUGUAUCGGCUUAAGCCUCCUGCUCACCAAUGCAAGCGUGGCGUCGACGCAAGCAACAAGCAAUACGCAGCAGCAGGAGACUAAUCAACAGCAGCAAGAGCAAGCAGUUCAAAAUCAGCCGGCAAUUGCUGCGAUAUCUGUGGCGCAAAACGAAGAUGAAAGUACAAAUGCGAUUGUAAAUGAGCCUGCAAAUGGAGUAGGCACAGUGCACGCAUUCAGUCCGCGCUUGGAUUACAGCAACGAAUGGCGUCCCGUGGGCCGUGGUGAUCCGCUGAAAAACGAUCCGACAUUCGACUACAGCCCGCCAACGCUCGAGCAUGUACGCUACUGGGCGGAGACCACAAAAGAUAGUAGCAAGGAAGAGAGCAGCAAUGGCAAGCAGGAGGCGAAUAGUGUGCGUUUGGCGCAUCCCAGCAAGAAAGACAUUAUGCUGCUUGGCAUGCCCAAUGAGCAUGUGCGUGCAGGCAGUGGUGCGCAUGCAUCAAAAACACCCCACCAACACGAAAAUAUGGGCCAGCACGCCUUGCCGCCACACCAGCAUCAACAGCCCUUCCAUCAACCUUACGCUGGUAGCAUGAAAAACGCUAAGGGUGAAACGCCACUACUGCAACCGAAAUACACCUCAGUGCGUCGCAGCUAUUAUGCGCAGCAGCUGCCCACACGCCUGAUGCCGCCACCAAUGCAAGCGAACUCACCGCCACUCAAUACAUUCAAUGUGCCCAUGAAACCAUCGCAAGCUGCGCAAGUGCACACCGAGUAUCGUCAUGGCAUGUCUGCAAUGCCGCCACAUGUUUCCAACAUGCCUAGCAUGGCAACUGUGUCGCAUAUGAAGUCGGCGGCGCAGCACCAUCCCAGCAUGUCAACACCUUCGUCCGCAACGUGGAUGUACAGUUCACCGCCUGCCGCUAUGCAGCAUCACCACUAUGCGAUGUCAAGUGGCGCCGCACCUUUCAUGUCCACAGCUGCACAACCGACGCGUAUGCCGCACGUUUCGCACGCUUACGACUCACAUCCGCAGGAUUCGCAUCACUACUUCAGCUACACGCGUCCCAACCCGAAUAGUAUGGCCGCGCAUCUGUCGCAAGAGUCGCACUCGCCAAAUUCCUUGCGACACAGCGGCAACAGCCACAAACAAAGCGGUGCAGGACGAAAGCCAUGGUUGCAUGAGCUAUUGCAAAAGGAAGUGGUGAAGACAUCUGCCAAGCCUAGUUACUCUUCAGCACCCAACAAGUUUGCCUAUGAGACUACCAAGCCAAUCUAUGAACGCAUGCCGUCCAUGAACUCUAUGGGCAGUGGCUUCACUCCGAUCACGCCAGUUACUUUCGUUUCAGCGCCGCCAACCAUCGCAACAGCGGCUGCGACGAUGACCACAACGACGACAACUACAACACAUGCGCCACCACAGCCUUCCGUUGCGUUCACUCCGAGCGCUUUUUAUCCAACUACGAGUACUACUACGGCACGACCAACUACCAGCACCACAGCGCGUGUCAUUUACACCACACCCACUACGGCCCCGACAACACCGCGUACGCCAAGCUCUACGACAACGUCCCGCCUACUAAUACCGACAACAAGCAAUUUGGCUUACAGACCGACUGUUGCGCCAAUGCAAAUGACUACAGACUCGCUAUUCUCACACUACAAGCAACCUGAGGCGCCGCUUCGAGGUCCAAUGUAUCUUAUCAUUGAAGGUCAUUCGAAAGUGAAGAAAUACGGUAAGAAUGGCAUCAACCUGAAUCUGCCGAAGAUAGUGCCCGUAAUACCGAAACGUGAGCCGGUUGUACGUAUCGCCGAGCCGGGUGAUGAAAAACGUGGUACACCCGAGACAUUCCAAGUGGAACACCUGCAUGUGAAGACAUCAACGUCUAUGCCGACGACCACGACAACGACAGCUAAAACUGUAACGACUCCGAAACCUACGACGACCGCAAAGCCUGUGCCCACUACGACAGCUAAGCCUGCACCAGCUUCAAAGAAGGUAUCAACAGUUCUGAAGUCUGCGAUGCCAGCAAACCUUACCGCAGCAACGAAGUCCGCCAAAGAGACAACUCAAAAGCCAACAGCAACUUCCACAACAACAACCGCACGCCCUGCAGCCACCACUGCCGCUCCUAAGGCCUCAACCACCACAGCCGCUACAGCUAAAGCAACCACGAAACUUACUAUGAAGGCAGCGCCGCCUACGUCCAACACCAAACCACAGCCAGCCGCAAUAAAACCGACGCAAAAUGAGCCACUAAUCAAACUCGAGCUGCCUAAUGAUCCGCCAACUGGCAUGCAGGGUCUCCUGAGUCUGCUUGACUCAUCGCUGAGUGGUUUCUUCGCAGAGCAAGAGCAACCAUUAGAUAUGCCGCCAGCAGCUACGCAGCUAAGUGAAACAAAGCAGGCGACUAGCGCGCAGAUUUAUGUGACCACACCGAGUACAGUGUUGCAGCCAGUGAACACCACACAUUCAGCGGUCCCACCCGUCAAUGCCGAUGCACGCGUUGGCAGCAAUGCCAACCGCAUUAUGGCCGCCGCUGCAACCGCUACGGACGUAGAUCAAUCGGGGUCAGCAGAGUUCAGCUACACCACAGAUGUGCCGCCGCGUGAGGUGCGCCAGGUAUUCGAUUAUGAUCAGCGUCCGGAAUCACGUCUCAAGGAUUUCGUAAUUGAAAGCAUUGGUGGCGAGGGCGAUGAGAGCGCGUCAGCUUUCUACGAAGACGAAGAAUUCGAGGAGUACGACGACGACGACGCAGAGGACGUUGGCAGUCAACAGCCGAUCAAGCGUAUUGAUAAGUUUGUUGGUUUUGUAGGCGACUAUGAAAAUGUGGCGUUAGAGGAAUUGGGUUUGGGUGAUGCUGUGCCGGUGGCGAAGACAGCAGCAGCAGCAGCAGCGUCAGCGACGGCGUAAUUGCACAUGUUGACAGGCGAUAAGAAGAUCUGUUGGCACAACAAAUGCGGCUAAUACUGAUCUUCCUGACCUUUGUCCACUUGCGCGAAACGAAAACAAACAAAGUGAUUGCGCGCGCUUGCGCAAUUGGAUGCUUCGCGCUCAGCUCAACAACAAUCAGUCAUUCAAACGUACAGUCAACACACAAUUUAAAUUUAUUGCCAGUUGGCACUCAAAUUUGCAGCUGCAAUAAACAAUUUAUACUUAACUACAACAACGUACUGCUCUACACCAAAUCUACUUUUUAAAACUCGUAUUUUAGAAAUGCAACUUUUUGUUUAGCAUCUUCGUUUUGUCUUCUGAUUAAAUCUUUUAACUUAAAUGUGUGUAAAUACUACAGCUUUAUUUAUGUAUUGUAUUUGUAUUUGUAUUUAUUUAUUUAUGGCUUUUUUUUGUGGCAAAGAUUUAUUCACUUACUACGCUUAGGUUUCGUCACGAUUAUUUUGUGAUUCAAUAUUUACAUAUUUAAAUGUCUGCUUAGAUUUUAAGUUUAUUUACUUUAUAUUCUAUGCU